AACUUGUUUGGUCUUUAUUAGGACAUUCAAACGUCAUUUCGUCAACAAAGUGGUACGUAUCGUAACAAAAAGUGCACUGUCUCUUUAAGAGAUACGUUCGUAGUGACGCUAUCACACUUCCGGGUCACGUAAUUUUUUCCCAACCAAAACUACAGGAACGCUUUAAAACGAAAGCUAUACAUUUAAAUACGAGUUUGAUAUACUUUAUCAUUGAAACAUGACGGUAUGUCGUGGAGCCAAUUCGCAUGACGAAGUCGUUGUUCGAGUCCGCACCUAAUAGAAUCGCGUGUUCGCAAAAAAAAAAAAAAAAAACAAAAAAAAAAAAAUGGAGGCCGGCAGUUUCGUGUGUCAAAGAGAAGAUGUGUCAGUGCUGCUGCGGCAACAGAAAUAUACCAACAAACAUCGAGAACUGAGCGGUUUGUUCUCGUCCGUGAGAAAAGUGCGAGGCGAUGGAAACUGUUUCUACAGAGCCUUUUGUUUCGCCUUUAUGGAAUCCAUCCUACACAACGCCAAGGCUCUACAAAGAUUUAAGGAGAGCAUCAUUAAGAGUAGCGCUCAUCUAUCUUCUGCAGGAUUUGACCAGAGUGCCUUCCAGCUCCACUUAAACACAGUCGUUAACGUCAUCGAGCACUGCGAAAGUGGCGGCGAUCGGGAAGAGAUGCUGUUCAGUCUCUUCAACGAUCACAUGACCUCAGACAGCUUGGUGCAGUACCUGCGUCUACUCACCUCCGCGUACCUGCAGAACCACGCCGCGGACUUCUGCAACUUCGUGGAAGCGCCCAGCCUGCAGGCGUACUGUCAUCAAGACGUGGAAGCCAUGGGCAUGGAGUGCGACCAUGUGGACAUCCUGGCUCUGACUCAAGCGCUGGGAAUUUGCAUCCACGUGGUCUCAAUGGAGGGCGACGACGAGCAGUUGGUGCACCACAUCAUCCCCGACGGCGCCGAGGCCUCCGUACACCUCCUCCAUCACACGUCGCACUUUAGCAUUCUGUACCCACGACCCCCACCAUGACAGCACUCAUACAAAACAUAAAGGGGAUUAAACACAGUUUUAACACAUUGUGUGAAUAUAUGGAAUAAAUCUGUUUAAAUAA